AGACAACAAAGGCAGUGUUAGUGUUUACUACAGACGACGCGACGCGCCCCCAAUAUUGUGCUUUUUGGUUAGGAGCCGCGUUGUACACUGCCGAGCGGUUUCUGUCACUGUCAGCCACAAUCCGAAGCGGACCACAUAACUCCACCGAACGGACUCGCAUUCAAUCCACGUCCAUCAUGGGGGUGGAUCUCCUGCGCGGCAGCGGCGGUCGGAGCCACUUCUUGGUCGCCACCUUCGCCAUCCUGUCACUAUUCCUGCUCUUUAACUGGUGGUCUCUGUCCACCGACAACCUGGACCUUCUCAAGCAGAUUGAAGGCCUGACGCAGCACCUCAAAUCCAGUUCAAGUCUGCUUGAUCAGUGCCGACAUGACCGAGGGACUUUCGAAGGCAGAGUGAAAAGAUUAGAGGACGACACUGAGAAGCUAGUUCAAAAGUUGGACUCGGAAAAACAACAGGAAGAAAGAUUGGAGAGUAAUCUCAAGGAAAAAAAUAAGGAAGCCCUAGACUCUGAAAAAAAGUUCAAUGAUGCAACUUCUUCCUUAAAAAUGUGCAAAACCGAGUUGGAGUCUUUGAAGAAAGUGGACCUAUCUAAAGAUGGUGUGAUUGCAUCAAUGCGGAUCGAGAAGUCAGGCCUCAACAGCCAAAUACAGGAGCUGAAGGAGCAAGUUAAGAAACUCAAUGAUGAAAUCAAUCAAUUUAAACAGGAAAAAUUAGAACAAGGAUCUCAAAAGAAACCAUCAAGCAGUACAGCUUCAGUACCUUCAAAAGUAGAAAAUGACGUCCUAGCUGAAAAUGAAGUAAGAAACAUAGCAGAACCAUUCCAUGCUGAUGUGAAAGAGUCAGAACGCAAAGAAGACCAUUUAUUAGAAAAGGAAGAACAGCCUGCUGUUGAUGAGCGAGAAUUGGAAAUGCAGGACAAUGGUGAUGAACGAAGAGGGUCAAUAGUGUGAUAAAAAUGGUAAUGAUUUUCUUUAUGAAGUUAUCUUUUUGACUUGCCAUGGUCCAGAAAUCUGGUAUAGAUUAUUGUUCAUUUCUUUUUUUUUCUUUUCUUUUUUUUUUUUUUAAGAUCCAUACUUUUGUAUAAUUUUGCUCACACACACAAUAAGGAAGGGAACUUAUAAAUUGAGUCAAUGAGUUAUGUAGAUGAUCCUGUGUCAAUGUAGGUCCCCAUAUAGAACAUAAAAUUUAAUUCUCAAACAACAAAACCUCUGAAAAUAGCUUUAUUUUCUCCAGACUGAGCAUUACGAUCAAUUCGGAUCUUCUUAUCAAGAUGUAUUACAUAGGUAUAUGAACUUACUAAUCAGACUUUCAUUAUUUUUGGUGUCUUUUUUUUUUUUCCAAGUUGCAUGGUCCACUCAUCCAAGCAAUGUAUCAUGUAUCUGUUCCAUAAUUCAUCUUGCUGCUUCUUUUACAAAAAAAGAAAACAAAACAAAAACACCACAGUUUCUGUCACAGUUGUGAUUCGUGAAAUAAAAUUUCUCUUGUCUUCAUCGGUGAAAGUUCUAGAUAUUGAACUUAUUUUGUAUAUCUAUAUGUAACGUACCUUCUCAUUGGUAACUUUAAUAUGAAGGUUUAAUUGUUAGUUAAAAGUGUCUUUAAAAUGUUUUGACAUUAUGAGUCAAUGGCCUUCCAGAGAUCUCUCCCUUUGCUCACUACACUCUUUAAUCAACAGUGGCCACAAGGCUUUUCGGAGUUGCAAUUUUGCUAAUUUACUGUUUGGUAAUAAUAUUUUGUAGCAGCUGCACUUUAUGCCUACAAAAACAAUGUUGAACUGCUUACUUAAUGUAAAAUCUACUUUAGCAAAAAAAAAUAAAUACAAUUGUGUUCUCUGUGGAAGGUGGAAAAUCAACUUCUGUAACAUGUGAUGAAAGUAUUUUAGUUUUUAGGGGUAAUAAUUAUUGGUUGUUAUUGUAAUUUUCUAUGCUGAAAUUUUAUUGUACUACUUGUUUGUAAUGUUUCUUACUAUAGAAAUAUGUAUAUGUUUGCUGUUGUACCUUUUUUUUUAUGGGGAGUUAAAAAAAAGAAAACCAUAAAAGUUAACUGUUGAAACUGUAAGUAUUUUUUCUAGUGUUCCUCUUUUGAUGGCCAAGUUAAGUAGUUAGAACUAGCGUAAGACUUUUUCUGUCUGAAAUACAUCAACUUCAUUUGUCAA